CGCUGAAGAAACGUGACUGGGCCAGUGGCGAGACGGACCAAUCGGAGACCGCAGCGCUAUGUGCGUCAUCCAGUGGGCAGGGCUGAGGCCGAAGGUGCGGCGCGACAAGCGGGCUGACGUACCGUGUGCGUUGCGGAGGAAGCUUUUGCCGUCAAAACAGCCAAAACAUUUUUCACCCGCGUGGGGUACGAGGCUUAAGGAUCCGGGACGUGUUUACAACAGCUAAGUGUGCAUUUGUGUCGCAAUUCGUCGUCGUUUUUGGACGCGUUCGCUGUGGUUACGUGUAUUUACAUAACCAGCUUUCCCCAGUGUUCGUGGCGGGGACAGAACCGUCUAACGAUUACAUUAAAGCGUCUCUUGUUGCUAUUUUGCUGGCCGUCAUGUCUUUAGGGAAAGCGUACGCGUAAAGAAAAGCUUAAAUCGGCGGAAUUUUGCUUAUUUUUUUGCCCCAUUUGGAAAAAACAAGUUAUACAACGAGGCGGCUUUGUUUGCAAGCCGCGCCUGUCCUAGCGCCCGCCGGGUUUCCUGUCACGUUGCCGUGGAGCGAUCUGCCUCUUCAGGACCAAAUGGUGGCCACUCUGACGCGUUCUAAAUUCUUUGUCACGAUGGAAAAGGUUUUAUUAGAGCAAGGUUAAGUCCACUAUAUUUCCACGGAGAAAAAAAAACAAAACUUUUAGUUGCUGUUUGCGGUAGUGUCACUCAGCAAAGUCAAAUAGCAAGAAAUCAAAGGAUACAGUAUUUCCAAGCUCGAGGCCUCCAUCCAUUGGAGUGAUGGUCGUGAAUACCAUCCACUGGUUCAGGAAGGGCUUGCGGCUCCACGACAACCCGUCUCUCAAGGAGUCCCUGCUGGGGGCCGACACCGUUCGCUGCAUCUACAUCCUCGACCCCUGGUUUGCGGGCUCGUCUAACGUGGGCAUCAACAGGUGGAGGUUCCUGCUGCAGAGUCUGGAAGACUUGGACUCCAACCUCCGCAAGCUCAACUCGCGUCUCUUCGUGAUCCGGGGCCAGCCCACAGAUGUCUUUCCCAGACUCUUUAAGGAAUGGAACAUUUCCCGCCUCUCUUACGAGUACGACUCGGAGCCCUUCGGGAAGGAGCGAGAUGCCGCCAUCAAAAAGCUGGCCUCCGAGGCCGGCGUGGAGGUGACAGUGCGCAUCUCGCACACCCUCUACGAUCUGGACAAGAUCAUCGAGUUGAACGGCGGUCAGUCGCCGCUCACCUACAAGCGCUUCCAGACCCUAAUCAGCCGCAUGGACGCGGUGGAGGUGCCGGCCGAGUUUAUCACCGCCGACGUGAUGGGCAAGUGCACCACGCCGCUGUCCGACGACCACGACGACAAAUUCGGGGUGCCGUCCCUGGAGGAGCUGGGUUUCGAUACCGAGGGCUUGUCGUCGGCCGUUUGGCCAGGAGGGGAAUCGGAAGCCCUCACGCGACUGGAGAGGCACCUGGAGAGAAAGGCUUGGGUGGCCAACUUUGAGCGCCCCCGCAUGAACGCCAAUUCGCUGCUGGCCAGCCCCACCGGCCUCAGCCCCUACCUGCGAUUCGGAUGCCUUUCGUCUCGGCUCUUCUACUUCAAGCUCACCGAUCUCUACAGGAAGGUGAAGAAGAACAGCUCACCCCCGCUGUCGCUGUACGGCCAGUUGCUGUGGCGCGAGUUCUUCUACACGGCGGCCACCAACAACCCGUGCUUCGACAAGAUGGAGAGCAACCCCAUCUGCGUGCAGAUCCCGUGGGACCGCAACGCCGAGGCGCUGGCCAAGUGGGCCGAGGGACGCACCGGCUUCCCCUGGAUCGACGCCAUCAUGACGCAGCUGCGCCAGGAGGGCUGGAUCCACCACUUGGCCCGCCAUGCCGUCGCCUGCUUCCUGACACGCGGAGACCUGUGGAUCAGCUGGGAGGAAGGCAUGAAGGUGUUCGAGGAGCUGCUCCUGGACGCCGACUGGAGCGUGAACGCCGGCAGCUGGAUGUGGCUAUCCUGCAGCUCCUUCUUCCAGCAGUUCUUCCACUGCUACUGCCCGGUGGUGUUCGGCCGGCGCACCGACCCCAACGGCGACUACAUCCGCCGCUACCUGCCCGUGCUGCGGGGCUUCCCGGCCAAGUACAUCUACGACCCGUGGAACGCGCCCGAGGCGGUGCAGAAGGCGGCGCGCUGCAUCGUGGGCGUGCACUACCCCAAGCCCAUGGUGCACCACGCCGAGGCCAGCCGCCUCAACAUCGAGCGCAUGAAGCAGAUCUACCAGCAGCUGUCAUGCUACAGAGGCCUCGGUCUCUUGGCAUCCGUUCCCUCCACCGCCAACGGAAAUAAUAAGCCCUCUUCGGACGUCAUGGGAUACUCUGUCGACGCUCCUCACGAUAGCGCCGCCGCUGCGUCUUCUGGCUAUCCGGUGCCAGGUCAGACCCAGGCGGACUGGCAAAGCGGAGGUGGCGUCAUGAUGUACUUACAGGGAGACGCCCAGGGCGGCGUGUCCGCACAUCAGCAAGGUUACGUUAGCUCCAGUAUGAUUUGCUACCCUCAAGGCAACAACCGCCAGAGUCCCGCGCUCCAAAAAGGGCUAGAGCAUCACUCAGGCGGCGCGCCAAUGAGCAGCAAGCGUCACUGUGAGGAUUCCGGAAAUGGCAAAAGCUCCAAAGUCCAGAGACACUAAGCGCAGGAAAAACAAUGAACCUCCGCUCGGUGACGCCCACACUUGCCAUGAAGUCAUCAAAUAAGUCAUCAUAAAUACCGACAUCCCAGGAGACAGUCGCACUUUUUCUUCUUCGGGGUUAAACGCAAAGAAAGCCGUUGUGUAUAUAAAGAAUUUUCCAAAAUUCACAUACAACUUGUACAUAUUUGACUAUUGUAUGUGCGUCUUCUCUAUUUGUGUAGCGUCAUAGAUCCAUUAUAUAUAUUUUUGAUAUGAUACAAAAAAAAAAAAGAGUCUUGAGCGGAUGUUUCUUUUGGGGAAAAUUUUCCAGAAAAAAAUGACCAUUGAAAAAAAAAAAAAGUAUCAUGAAAAAUCUUCCUGCGUCAUUCAUAUCCUCCUGUUUGAGCCUAUUUAACAACAAAGUGUUUCAGUGCUAGUUAACUGGAUGUUUUUUUUCCACUGUAGAUGGAUUAUCACUAUGACCUUUUUCAGACUUUAUUAGCCACAAAUCAUAUAAUUGUGCCCCCCUCUCCCAACCCAUUACUGCAAAGAACUGCUUCUAUAUGUACUUGUUUCAUUAAAAUAACUUCAAAACACUCAUGUUGCAGUCUUAUUUGUUCUUGUUCUCGUUGGCAGUGAAUAUCUGGCAUUUAAUAAAUACAAUUGCACUUUGUUGAAAAACAUAAUUACCUAUUCUCAAACCACAAUGUCUU